UGAUGUUAACCGCGGUUCAUUUCAAAAGCGUAAUGUGUAUAGUAUUAAUUGAAAUUUUCGUUUCAAAUCAUUGAUAAAAACGUACUUCAAAUCAUAAAUUCGGUAAACACAUUGUUUUCUACGUUAAUACUAAAAAUACGUUAAUAAAAAGAUCAUCGCGAUCAGCUAAUUACACAUUAAUAUACAAAAUAAGGUACGAAUUAUGAAUUAUUUCAAAAUACAUCAAUAUUGAAUUACGACGUGUUAAAAACGGUCUAGUUUACCGUUCUAGUUAGACACUUUAUAAUAGUCCAUAUUUUACUAUUUUUUCUUGACAUUUUCACGUACAAUAAUUAUAAAUAACAGACCUUUAUUACAUUUAUAUACUUCUAAGAGUACAUUUAAUAAUUUUGUACGUAUUUAUCGUGAAAACAGCAUUUGUAUAUUGUAAACAAUAAAUACCCGCCAUAAAUAAGCGGAAGUUUGGUAGGAAAUGGCGGAGCCAAUCAGAGCGAAGGAAGGGUAUGACGCGGUACACCUGGAUAGACACUAGUCGCGCAGAGGGAGUAGUGGCAUAACCCGAUUAACCAAACCCGCGGAUUGCUCCGUUUCAAGGCAGACGUUCGCUCCUUGUCUCGAGUGGCAGUUUACUGUCUUUUUUGCGACGAUAUAUCAUCGCUCCUUCACUCACUCCCAUGUCUCCGCAGUAUUUGACUCCGCGGCACCACGAAAUGUACGGUGAAGUGUUCAUCUAGUAGACACCAUUUACGUGCCAGACGAACACCUUAUUUCAUCCAUUUAACAACAUCGACUCGAGACACCUCGUGGACUCGCUCAACCAAAAAAGGGGUUCCAAGACCAUUCAUUCAACAUGGAGCAGAAGCGCCUUUACAAAAUAGUGCUCACCGGAGGACCUUGUGGCGGCAAAACAACCGGACAGAUGAGGCUGUGCACGUUCUUCGAGAACAUGGGAUGGAAGGUGUUCCGUGUUCCCGAGACAGCGACUGUGCUGCUCAGCGGUGGCAUAAAGUUUUCAGACCUGAACGCUGAAGAGGCAGAGGGAUCCGGGUCGCGUUCGUCGAUUACGAAGUCGUCGCGACGGCAUUACAGGAACGGGCCCGACAAAGGCGAAGCAAGAUGGCCGGACAUCUUGGAGGUUAACUCCAGCAAGGCAUUCAAGUUUCAAGAGAACCUCUUACGUACGAUGAUACAGAUAGAAAACACGUUCUUCCAAUUGGGCGAGAGUAGUUCACGAAAUUGCCUUAUAAUCUGUGAUCGCGGUGCCAUGGAUGCCUCUGCAUUUAUAUCGAAGGAUAAAUGGGAACUGAUGAUGGCCUCGAAUGGAUGGAACAACGUCGAGCUCCGAGACAACAGGUAUAACCAGAUCAUCCACAUGAUUUCGGCGGCAAACGGCGCCGAAGAAUUCUACUCGACGGAAGAUCACGCGUGUCGAUCGGAGGGCGUAGAGCUGGCCAGGGAACUCGAUUACAAAGCGGCGGCCGCGUGGAUCGGGCAUCCUUAUUUCGACGUGAUAGACAACAGACAGGACUUCGAGGCGAAGAUAUGCCGCAUGAUCGAGUGCGUGUGCCAGAAACUGGGCAUCGACACUGGGGACAGGUUACGAGCCAGUAGUAGAAAGGUCAAGUUCCUCGUCAAAGGUCCUCUGCUCGCGGACAACGAGUUCCCGCCGUUCCAGGACUUCGAUGUCGUCCACAACUACCUCCAAAGCAACAAUCCGAAGAUGCAAGCUCGUCUCCGCAAACGCGGUCAGAAAGGUCACUGGUCCUACAUUCAUACUAUUCGGCGUCCAAAAAUGUGCGGACAAGUAAUCGAAGUUAAGACACAGUUGACUCACCGAGAUUACUUAAACAUGCUCGCGCAACGCGAUGACUCGCAUUUCACCAUCUUUAAACGUCGACGCUGUUUCCUCAUCAAUAAUCAGUAUUUUCAAUUAGAUAUAUACAGAGAACCAGCUCACCCAAGAUGCCGAGGUUUGAUGCUGCUUGAAACGUAUACAGCGUUAUCAGGAGAUGAGCUUAAAAACAUAUUACCACAGUUCCUGACAAUCGAAAAAGAGGUCACUGGAAAUCCAGAUUAUAGUAUGUUCAAUCUCAGUUUACGAGAGGAAUGGAACAAUACUAAUAAAUACUGCCACAAUUUACACGAUUACGCUCUUGCAGGCUUGGCGGAAUCUGGAUCAACAGAAAGUAAAAAUAUCGAUUCUUCGGAAGUGAAAGAUAACGCAUCAGUUAAGAAACAAGUAAAUGAGAUUGUUUCUAGAGUCAAUGAUGUAGAAAUUGGAAUAAAUGGUAUAGAUAAAGUUAUAAAUGACGUACAAAACGGUGUCCACGGUGUUAUGAAUGGUAACCUGAAGUUCGUUGAACGGAAUAGCAUAAAAAGCAAUAAUCAAGCAGAUGUGAAAUGCAAUGCACGCGAUAGUCCUACGAAAAAAUUGAACGAUAGCUCGUAAGAAAAGAAUACGAAAAAAAGUAUAAUGAAAACAAGUUUCAAGAUGAUAAUGCAAGAACACGAUGGUAAUAGUUGGGCAACGAGAAGAGGCAAAUUAUUUAAAUAAUUCCAAGGAAAAGAUAAAGUAUUUUAUUGGCACUGACAGUUAAACUAAAUCACUUCACUUCACUUUUCAUCUAUUUACUUCGUUGUGUAUCUUGUCUAGAGUAUUGUCGUAACUCUUUAUUUAAGAAAAUUUACUAUACAUUAUUGUGAUACGAAAUAUAUGUAGCGCGUAGUGUGCAAACUACAUAUUUGAAACUAUAUAAUUGUCGAAGAAUAUGCGAUCGGUGUGAAGUAUACUUUUCCUUAGAAACGUUUAACAUUGUCUCGAUAGAAAUUUAAUGUUCUGCACGAACGUAAACAAAUUUAAAUAAUUUAAUUUAAAAAUUAUACCGUAGAAAGCCAAAAAUUUCGUUCGUACAAGUAGGUGUUUGAUUAUAGUUUUUGCAAGGAAAUUAUUUAUUAGCGAAUACGGAGAUAACUCUAAUAUUUCACUUGUCUUUUAAUGCAUAAUGGUGAAGUAAUUAAAAAAAAAAAAGUAUGAUUCAAUGGUUGUACUGUUCUGCAGUAUUGUCAGAAUUCUGUAUUAUAGUCGUGACAAGGUAAUUGUCAAACAUACUAGUACUUAACAGGUAUAUUUCCAUUAAAAAUUUGUCCAUACAAAAAAUACUUAAAUUUAUUGGAAAUAUUUUUGGUGCGGAUAAUGAUAUCAUGUUUUGAGUUAUAGUAUUUUAUGAAGAUCAUUGAUUUGAAGUAAAUAAAUUAUUAAACAUUUAUUAUAUACUUUACUAAUUAAAACUUUUUUCGUCAUUGAGUAUAACUUAAAGAACAUAACUGUGAUGAUUAUAUAUAUGCUUAUUUUACAUAGACACACUUAUCACAAAUUUUGCCAUUGUUUAGAGACAAAGUGCCUGUGAAAUGUUCAGUCGCGGAAAUGAAAAGAAUGAUAUAUAAAUAUAUAUUUUCAAUGAAAGAUGCAAUAAUCAGUAACUGAUGCUCUUAUACCACAUAUAAUUGAUCUGAACUCAUAUUGUACCCAUGAUUAUCUAAUAAAAUGUCAUGUGCCUAUCA